GUAGUAGAGGAAGACGGUCACUACUCCACGUACGAAUCAGUUCGCGCUGCAGCCGAGCAGGGCACGCUGUCCUACCAGAACCUAGCAGACAUCUUCUCCACAAUCCACGAGGAGCAGUCGAUGGCACCCAGCCAAGGCAGGGUCCGCGCCUUGAAGACACCGCCACCUCCCAGAAAACCCGCUCACGUGGUGGAAGAGGAACACGAGGAAAGCGCACCAGAGCACCCACUGAGACCCUUCAUUUUCGGUUUCCUUGAGACCCUCCUCAAUGUUAUCGUCAACUUAAUUUGCGACGCUGAACAGGGCAAUCUGUUUGUCGUUUUAACUGACAAGGUGAUGGCUGUCAAAGCGGAUUCCUUUGCCUUUUCAAUGGAAAAACCAUUUCUAACUGGGUCGCGGAGUUAUUCACAGUUAGUCGCAUCGUCAGAACACAAUGGUCUGCUAUCUGUUGUCCUAUCUGGUACCGAUUCGAAGUCUUCUCUUGGUUGGAUAAACGUGUCCCCUGGGUCUUUAGAGGAAUCUGAAACGGAAUUAAAAAUUUCGACUGCGGCAGUUCCAGCCGACGUCCGUGUUACUAAAUGCAUUUUUUCGUACUCCGUCUUAAUCUGCACUGGUGAGAGAUCUAAAACGCCAGUACUUCUAUCGACAAGGCUCGUGAAUUCUCCAGCCUGGAACACCGUUGAGCUUUCCUCCGAACCCGAGCAUUUAACCGAACUUACUGAAGGUCAAAUAUUUGUCAAAUUUUCGAAUGGCUUCGGUGCUGUCUUUGCAAUGGAAAAAGGCAGUGAUGGCCUGCGCCUCAUGUACAACAUCGGAAAUGUUACAGAGCUUGUAGUUCAUAAAAAUCAGGUGUUAGUUCUGAACCAGGAUCCAUCAAAGUACUUGAAGAACAUUCACCUGACCUCUCUUGAAUUACAAUCAGGGCUGGCGGCGCUAUGCAAUUUUCCAGAAUACCUGACUAUUAAUAGGCAUCAUGGUGAGAUAAAAGAGAUUGCCAUGCUGCCUGGAGAAGGUGGGCUUUUGGUAUUCACUGAGGAUCACGCCGUGCAGUUGAUUGGGAAAGAUGGCACUCAGGUGUGGUUGCGGGAAGAGGCCCUGGCGCACAUCACCGCCGUCGAGUUUGUUGACCUUCCUGUUUCCGCGCAGCAGGCCACCAUGCAGGAGGAAUUCGGUCAAAUUGACGCUGGCAUCCUUGAGCUUUUUGUGAAUCGGCUUCGCUCGCAAAUCACUCAAUUAUCGGUGGCUUUUAACUCCUGGUGGAGUGCAGAGGUGGCUCCAAAGGAGGACGUCGAUGAUCUCGGACAUUUCGGUGACUACCGACCUCUCACUCGGGAUUCUUACAACCUUCACAAAAUGAUCGUUGUUGUUUCCUCGGUUGGCAAGAUUUUCGGUAUUGAGAGUUCUCGUGGCCACAUCGUCUGGGAGUACUUUGUCCCCGGCACUACCCUCUUCGACCCUUCAGUAACCCAUUUCUUCCUACAGAGAACCACUGGCUACUUUCCUCUGUUGCCAAUCGCCUGUGUCUUGCUCAAGUCGGAGGAAACUGGCCUGCCGAUAUUGAUUUACUUCGACCCGAUAAGUGGCGUGACCUUGAACCCGCACACUUUGAAACCUGUCACCUCGAAACAAGAAAUUUCUGGUGAGAUCCUCGUUCGCCUCGACAGGCCCAUCACCCAGAUCGUACUCGUGCCUGGCUCAAUCUCCGAAAAAACCAGCCACAUUCGACCUCUUUGCGUCAUUAUGGAUGACCUCAGUGUAAGGCGUCUUGUUCGAAUGCUGCCUGAGGCGAUAUCGACUGAAAAGGACCUUUUACCUGACGCCUCGGGGUUGUUUGUCUACGCAGUGCAGGCAGAACCAGCAUCGCUGACUGGCUACCGUGUGGUGUCAACAGCGCCGUCCACUUACACCGCUCAACUCGCUUGGCACAUGCACCUCUCCUCUGAGGACACUCCCCAGCGCAUAAUCUUCUCCGCCUCGCAUCCCUCCAAUGAGCAUGUUUACUCCAUUGGUCGCGUUUUGGGCGACCGAAACGUCCUCUACAAGUACGUCAAUCCCAACCUCCUGGCCGUGAUGACUUCAGGUGUGAGUCAGCUGGAGAAGAUCCAGGUUGUCUCGCUCUACCUCGUCGACGUGGUUGUCGGACAGGUCAUCCACUCGAUUGUUCACCGACGUGCCUCUGAGCCCGCUAGUCUGGUAGUCUCCGAGAAUUGGGUCCUGUACUCGGUGUACAACCAACGAUCCCUGCGCUCCGAAUUCACAAUUCUGGAGCUGUUUGAACCGCGUCAGACCACCGGGGCGUUGGUGCCGAGUCCGUGGCAGAUAUUCAUCCAGAGUCUGAUGCCUUCGCGCAGCGGUCACUUGUCGCGCACAAAGGCCCAGUUCUCGUCCCAGGAAAGGGCCACCCACUCCGCCUUCGGUGACGGAUCGAUUUCCGGCGCUCUCAUUCCUGACAUCCUCCAGCGGGCGUACAUUCUUGCGAGUCCGGUCCGUUCCGGGGCGGUGUCUGUUUCGCUUACGGAGCGUGGAAUCACCGCCAAGAGUCUACUGUUUGGCCUUGAAACUGGGAAUUUGUUGGAAUUGCCAAAAUCUCUCUUGGACCCACGAAGAACUCUGGAGGUGACACCGGAACUUCAAGAAGAGGGCCUGGAGCCGUAUUCCCCGGAGUUGCCUUUGAGCACUUUCGCUGUGAUCUCCUACAACAAGACCCUCGAGCGAAUUCGCCGCAUUCACACCUCUACCUCGGGUCUCGAGUCUACUAGUCUGGUUUUUGCUCAUGGACUUGAUCUGUUCUUCACUCGGAUCGCUCCUUCGAAGACGUACGACCUGCUGCGAGACGACUUCGACCACUGGUUCAUCGCGAUGAUCGUCGUCGGCAUGUCGGUUGGUUCGGUGGUGGCCUACCGAUUGGCUGCUCGCCGCGAACUCUCAAAAGCCUGGCAGUGA